GCGGAAACUAUCCACCUCUGCUUUUCCUCUUGGCCACGCGGAGGACAAUCAGAAGAUGCUCAGUGACGAGCCCUUGCCAGGACAUCAAUGCUGAGAGAUUACUUUUUCACUUUGGAGCCUAAGACUGCCUUCCAUUCGAGACUGACAAGAGCUCCUGCAGCCAUCGCAACUUCCUAGCCCUAGGCCCUAGGCCGCUCAAUCAUGCAUGUGUGAUGUUUUGACCGGUUUUGGCUCUUGAGCGUGUGUGCCAAACAUGUUUCUUAUUUUGUUUUUGUUCAGCCUCACCUCUGGCGAACGUGUCUUUGCCCGUAACGAUUUUUGCGAUGGCUUCUUGCUUGAAGAUAAAGACAAGAACGCAAUCGCCCUGCGUCCAAGGAAGUCAUCAGCAAGGUUGAUUGACACCUUUGCAUUUGGAAACGCAUACGAAGGGGAGGAAUUGCUCCUUCGACUCUAUGAGAUGGCCGAAGAAGUGUCAGAGUUUCACAUUGUUGAGGGCGAUCGCGACUUCACAGGAGCAACUAAGCCUUACACUUUCGACGAACUGCUCAAUAGUGGGCGCUUGGGUGCAUGGCAAGACAAGAUCACAUACCACAGGGCGAAGAUCCCAAAGGAGGUGAAGGGCUACAAGUUGCAGGAUGCACAGAGGCAAGCCAUGCGAUCGCAGAUGCGUUCUUACAGGGGCUAUGACCAGAGCGACAUCCUAUUGGAAGGGGACUUGGAUGAGAUUGUGAGCCAGAAAGCUUUGCAAGCCUUGAAGCAUUGUGAGCCGGUCACAGGUGCGUGGAAUACACACAUCCACAUGGCCAACUUUUAUUACAGCGUUGCUUGGACCAGUGGUGACUGGGGUUUUCCGACAACUGCUGCCUUUUUCAGCGAAGUGCAAGAUCCUCCCACUGCUCCCACUGCUUCUGCCGCCUUCUUUGAAUCUGGAUCUGUUUGGACACGGCCGAACAUGCUGAGCGCUAGGGACGGCAGUGUGUUGGGGUGGCAUUUUGGAUGGAUUCUCAAUGGCUCUGCUGGGCUUGCGCACAAGAUCUUCAUCCAUGUGGAAGGCUUCCCAGAUUGGGCCAAAGGGUUUCGAAAUGAAGCUGCUUUAGCGACGUUUCUAGAGACUUCCUUCUACGCCAACCCUGACCACUAUGAUCCUCAAAUCUAUCCUUCAAAGCUCGGGAAGACAGACUUGCCGCAGGCGCUCGUUUCCCACCCAGAGGAGUUUCCGAACAUCUUGCGUGAUGUGAAGUGGUAGAUCUGGAUCUGCAGCUUGCUUGAUGUCAAAUGCUAGAUUGGAUGUGAAAUGCUAGAUUCGAUGCAUCCUGCACUCUGCAUUCCGACUUGCUGCAAAAGAAUUGC